CAUUUUUAUUGUAGGUGUCAUAUUAUGCAAGAUUCUUAUCUUCAUACUGGCUCUGGCUUUCAGAAUUAUCGUGGAAUUAUUAAUUUAGCCAUCGUUCUCCUGAUAUUAUCAAAUAUGAGGGUAGCUCUGGAUAACUUAUUAAAAUAUGGAGUUCUUGUGGACCCAACACAAUGGUUAGAAUAUCUAAUUCGAGAUCCUCACAACGUACGAGCACUGGCUUUGAUUAGCUUUAGUAAUGUCAUGAUUCUGACGGCAUAUAUCACAGAAUUAGCCCUUUCUAAGUCAUAUAUACAGGAAUCACUUGGCUCUGCUCUACACUUUAUCAACAGCUUUUUUAUUUUAAUUAUUCCAUUGGUCUACGUAUUUGUUUAUCAACCUACGCCUAUUUGGUCAUCGCUUGCUUGCUCUACGUAUAGCAUGGCAUUUAUUAAGCUAAUCUCCUAUAAAGAUGUCAAUAGAUGGUGUCGUAAAGAUAAAAUGUCCAAGAAACAGAAAACACCUGAUGUGCAGAAUUUAGUUCAAUACCCGAAUAAUCUGACCUUAAAAGAUUUAUACUAUUUCAUGUUUGUUCCGACUCUUUGCUAUGAACUUAAUUUCCCUAAAACACCUUACAUAAGAAAGAAUUUUCUACUUCGUAGGAUAGUGGAACUAGUUUUAUUGUUACAACUUAUAAUGGGGUUAAUCCAACAGUGGAUGAUCCCUGCAGUCGUGAACUCAAUGCAGCCCUUUGAUGAAAUGGACUAUUAUCGUAUGAUUGAAAGAAUGUUAAAAUUGGCAAUCCCAAAUCAUUUCAUUUGGCUGCUAUUCUUCUACUGUUACUUUCAUUCCUACCUAAAUAUUCUAGGAGAAAUUACGUAUUUUGGUGAUAGACAAUUUUAUCUAGAUUGGUGGAAUGCUGAAACUAUUCCAUAUUUUUGGCGAACUUGGAAUAUUCCAGUCCAUCGUUGGGCAACUAGGCACGUUUACAAGCCAAUGCUAAAGGCUGGUUUUCGUAAUUCACAAGCUUCAACAGUGGUUUUCUUGAUAUCAGCAUUUUUUCACGAAUACCUGGUAAGUGUACCGUUAAGAAUGUUCAGAUUGUGGUCAUUCAUUGGUAUGGUUGCACAGAUUCCUUUAGCUUCAGUUAUCUCGCGAUUCCUCAGUGGUAAUUAUGGUAACGUUGCUGUAUGGCUUUCGUUAAUUCUUGGGCAACCCAUUGCUAUACUGAUGUACGUCCACGAUUACUACUUGGCAAAUGCUGCAUAAAUAUAAAUAUUAGAACUCAGUAUAAUUCUAAUUUCGUCAAUAAAUCCAGUUUAUGUCCUAUCUGAAUGUAAUGCGAUGCUUGUAUGCCAGGGCUGGUCUAUGUUUUAACCUGGCAUUGGCUAUCUAUAGAAAUAAAACUUUAUUGAAAAGCCGAUAUCUGAAAUGAUAAUAAUAUAUAGAUAGUAAUACCCUUUACUCUAAUUAAUAAUUGUAACAAUACAAAAUUUGCACUAUCUUAUCAAUU